GAGCAUCCCGGCGCGCGCGCCCGCCCAGGAGAAGCGCCCCUCUCCCUCCGUUUGCCCCGGAAGGAGUCGCCCCCUCGGCCUCGGAAGUUGUCCUGAGCGAGGCCUGCCUGCUUUCCCUGCCGCUGCUGCUUAUUGGAGGUCUGCUUCGCGUCCCGGCGGGGAGAGUCUCCGGCUACCCGCGGGCGGCUGGGCCUCAUGAAGAAGAAGGAUUGGUGAGUGGAAGAUAGAUAUCAGAAAUGAAGUCAGAAGAUCACUAAAGGUCACGUGACUAUGUGGAAGGUCAACAUGGUGUUUUGAAGUAUGACAGAAAUACUCAUGCUGUACCAGAGGCUGGGAAUAUUGAUGGCCAAAUCUAGCAAUCACAUGGUCUUCUAAAGAAGUCAUGGGUAGCUGUUGUAGCUGUCCAGAUAAAGAAACAGUCCCUGAUAACCAUCGAAACAAAUUCAAGGUUAUAAAUGUGGAUGAUGAUGGUAAUGAAUUGGGUUCUGGUAUAAUGGAACUUACAGACACAGAACUAAUCUUGUAUACCCGCAAACGGGACUCUGUUAAAUGGCAUUACCUCUGUCUCCGGCGAUAUGGCUAUGAUUCCAAUCUCUUCUCUUUUGAAAGUGGUCGAAGAUGUCAAACUGGGCCAGGAAUAUUUGCCUUCAAGUGUGCCCGUGCAGAAGAACUAUUUAAUAUGUUGCAAGAGAUCAUGCAGAAUAAUAGUAUAAAUGUGGUAGAAGAGCCAGUAGUAGAAAGAAAUCCACAUCAAACAGAGAUGGAAGUUCCAAGAACACCUCGUACACCUACCACACCAGGGGUGAGUGGGCAGAGUUUACCGAAUGGAUAUCCAAGGUAUCCUUCCUAUGGAGAUGCUUCAUCCCACCCUUCCAGCAGGCACCCUUCUGUAGGAAGUACACGCCUUCCUUCAGUAGGUGAAGAGUCCACGCAUCCCUUGCUUGUAGCUGAGGAGCAAGUCCAUACAUAUGUGAAUACAACUGGUGUGCAAGAGGAAAGGAAAAACAGACCAAAUGUGCGCACACCUCUUGAACGAAGGGUUUCCAGUGCAGAAGUGAACAACACGAGAGAGGAGGAAACAUGUCCUGAUGAAAGAGAGGCUCAGGUUGUAUUGGAGCCUGAAGGAGUCAAAUUUGUUUUGGGCCCAACACCUGUCCAGAGACAAUUGAUGGAAAAAGAAAAACUGGAAUCAACUGGGAACAGUAAUCAAGCUUGUGGAAACAGUGCUGAAACUAGUGGUAACAGUACUCAAGCUUGUGGGAAUAGUAACAAUGAGUGGGACACUGGGUAUGACAGUGAUGAACGUAAAGAUGUUCCCUCUGGUAACAAACUGGCAUAUGAAAAUGUAAAUAGAUUGUCCAUCCCUGGCAACUCAGGGAUCAGGAGAGGCCGUCUGUUAUCAUCCAGUACCUCUGAUACUCAAAAUGUCAACAAUUCAGCUCAGAGGAGAACUGCACUGUUAAAUUAUGAAAAUCUUCCAUCUUUGCCUCCAGUUUGGGAAGCCCGCAAGCUCAGUAAAGAGGAUGACACUUUAGGACCAAAGACACCUUCUCUUAACGGCUACCACAAUAAUUUAGAUCCCAUGCAUAAUUAUGUCAAUACAGAGAACGUAACAGUGCCAUCAAGUGCUCACAAAGUAGAAUAUGCAAGACGUCGGGACUGCACCCCAACAGUCUUUAACUUUGAUAUUAGGCGGCCAAGUUCAGAACACAGGCAGCUCAACUAUAUACAGGUUGAUUUGGAAGCUGGUAGUGACUCUGACAACCCUCAGACUCCCAAAACGCCUACCACUCCACUUCCACAGACUCCAACCAGGCGCACAGAGCUGUAUGCUGUGAUAGACAUUGAAAGAACAGCUGCUAUGUCAAGCUUGCAGAAAGCAUUGCCUCGAGACGACGGUACUUCUAGAAAAACUAGACAUAACAGUACUGACCUGCCUAUGUGAGCCUGGAAAGCAUUAGUUAAAUCAUUUGCACCUUUGUGAAGUUUUUUUUUUAAAAAAAUUGAAUGAUUGCUCUAUUUGACUUUUUAAAUCACUUUUCAUAGAUUUAUAGAGAUUUUUUUUCCUUCAUGUGCUUGUUUAAAGGGAAUUUUACAAUAGAAAGAGUAUUAAAUAACACUAUCAUUUUACUAUUACAGAAGCAGCUUUUGGUCAGUGUUGCCAUCUUUCUAUAGUGCCUCUUUCCUUGACUGGACGUUGUAGUGACAUACCAGUGUUGACAGGCUGGCUACAAAGUCACUGAAAGUGUUAUGACACAUCUAUGCCGCCGGAUAAUUGCACUGCUCCCAGAUCAGUGUAAUCUCUCAUAAUAUAGAUCUGAAGAUUCACAUGUUCAAGUUCAUGUAGCACAAAUGAGAGAGUUUGUGAUCAGGCUGAGUUGUGUAAAAACAUGGUACAGAUUGUUUUAUCUAACUUGCAUGAACUAAAUGAAUUUCUGGGCUGUGGACCAGUGUCGAGUAGGAAUGAUCCCCAAAACCUUCCCAAUAGGAGCAACUUGCCAUGGUACUGAAGAGUGCAAGUCUGUUAAUAUAGCCAAUUAGUAGAUUUCAGAUUUUAAAAUGCUGACUGGAAUGCCAUUACUUUUAAGAGUUGUCUGGCUAGAGACAGAGAACGAAUUAUGGAAAUCUGCAAAUGUAUCAUUUAGCACUUGGUUUCAGUUUUAAAACAGAGCAUGAACUAAUUACCAGAUGCACUUUAAAAUCACCAACUACAAAUCCAGAAACUAGAAACUGAAAUCCAUUCUCUUAUUAUAGGAUCUGUUUUGAUGUCAGAAUGAGACUGCGUGUCAAUUACAGGAUUGUUUCCUCUCUGCAAAAAAUUGCAUAUGCAUAGUGUUUUGUAGGGAGAUGAGAUAUGCCUAGAUAAAAUUACACCUUUUGGAAAGCUGAAAAGGAUAUAAUCAAAAUGAGUAUGGUGCUGUAAGGCUAAAAGACUGUAUGAUGGAUACAAAGAAUAGCGUUCAGUGGGGCUUUUCUGGGCCAGUGCUGAGUUGAUGAGUGAGCCCCUGUGUCCCGUCCCUUCCCUGCUUUUGAAGACUAGUAUCCCAUCAGGCAGUCUGAAGGGAUGCACUCAGAAGGAAAUAAACAACCACCAGCAAUUCCCCCUUGGUAUAUGCCUAUACACUAUCCACUACUGCACAGAGAGUUUUGGAUUCCAGCCUGUAUCUUAAAUAUGUCUUUCCUGACCAUUUUGAGAGUUAGAGCAUCAGAACUGACUUGCUAUUUUUACUGUGUGAAAAGUCGCAUCUCUCUUCUUCAGAGUCUGAAACAAACCUUGGUUUAGGUUUGGCAAGUUUCUUUCUGUACAGUUGUACAGGUACCUUCACUCUAGACAGUUGUGAUGCUAUUUAUAAUUACAUUAUGUCUGUAGCGGCAUAUUUUUACUUUCAGGUCUGUAAAAUGUCUGUUCCCUUCUGUGCUUUUCAUUUGUUGUUUCCAUCUCUCUUGUACAGUCUUUAGGUUGUAAACUCUUAAUUUUGUACAUAGUGUUUGUUCAGCGUAUUUCUGUAUUGCCAUGGAAAAAACUUUUUGAAGGCCCAUUGGUAAUUACUGUCAUUCUCAGAACGGCCUUCUUUAUUACUUGCACAGAUGGAAAGAUGCAUAUUAUAUGUUUGAGAAUAGAAAGUGCUGUGGCACCUUAGAAAAGGGCAUGUUGAGAUAUGAAUUUUCAUGUUUGGUUUCUUCCAGAAAACAAUUCUCGGCCUGUGGGAUGGUAGAUGUGACUACAUUGUAUGAUUUAUCAAUACAAGUCAGGAACAUGGUUCCAUAAAUAAUAGCAUUCUUGGUUUCUGCCAGACAUUAUUUCAUUGCGGCCAUAAUGUACUUGUUUCUGCUGUUGUGCUGAUCUUGAGAUCAUUGUGUUCCAUCUUAGAUGCGUUUUCUGCUGCAGCAAAUCUUAUGAACAGAGUAGCUACUGAAUUGUGGAGAAUACCUUUAAAAUAUUUAUCAAUAUAUGAAUUUAACCCUUUAAUAGAUGGAUAAUACUGCUGAAUGUUCCCAGUACUUUUGGUAUCUGCUGAUCUUAUCUGGUAAUAUCUUCAAGAUUCCCUCUUACAUAGUAAAGACACUUGGAGUACAGCCAUUUAAGUGCAGGAUUUAUAGCAUUACAGAGUAGAGGAAUUGCAGAUGAAGCAAUAAUUGCCAUGAUGCUUGUAGAAUAGUAACAUGGCUUCUGUCAGUUUCAGAAACAUGGAAAAUCUAUUUACUCUGGAACUGAAAAACAAAAUCAGAAAUAAGGGGGAAGAUCAAAGUACAAGAAACUUGCUUUCUUUAAAAAAAAACAACCUUUUUUUCUUUAAGCCUUUGACUUGUAUAAUACAUAACUCAGCACAUAAUGGUACUGUUAUAUUUAUGACAUGUAACACUAAAAACAUCAUUAUUUAAAAAUUAUAUAAAUCUGUCCAGUGUUAAAGUGCAGCAGCUGCAAAUAUAAGACUAUGGCCCUGCAUCUGCUUAGGUGAAUUCCAUCACAAAUCUCAAUAAACACUCAUAGGAUUGUACUCCAAUGUAUCUUUAUUUCUACCAAUAGUAAAAUAGAAGACCAAAAUUGAAGUUAUCAAUAUUGUAGUAAACAAAAAAAAGUUUGUUUACUACACAAAGUUGAGCAUUAUUGUGAAGAAGCAGCAGGAACUAAUAUUUUUAGAGAGCAGCUCUGAAAAAUCAUGAUGUGGCAGUAAGUUUGAAUAGUUGGUUAAACUUUGCAAUAAUGUAUUAGAAAUGUAGUCUUGUGUAUACUUCAUUAGGAAUUGAGUGCUGUUGAGUUCAUGAAUACUUUUUGUUAAAAACAUAUAAGAGCAGGCUUGAUCAUUUAGUCGUUACAGAGCAAAUUAGAUGCCCCUCAUCCAUAUUUAUUUUAUUUAUAUCCCAUUGUUUCUCUGUUAAUGGAUAUCUCAAAAUACUAGGCUAGUUUCUACCAUCUCAUUUUAUCAUUUAAAAGAACUAUUAUGUCAGUCUCUGAACUUUUAUUUGAAGCUUAAUGGGUUUCAGAAAAGGACCAAGUUUAUGAGUAUGUUCUCUAUUCUGCUACUUUUGGGAGUACUUUUUACGGAUUGCUGCUGCACAUUGGCAGUGUUUCGAUCAUUAAUAUUUACUGCCUUUGAAUAUUAGUCUUUAGAACGGACCUUUUCAUUCUGAAAAAAGAAAACACUGUGUAAGUGAUGCCUUCCUCAACUUUUCAUUUGGAAAAAAAAUCUAAAAUAUUAUUUUGGUGGAAAAUGUGUGCACUAAUUCAAAUUUUUCUGUUUUCUUCCUCUGAAUUUUCACAUCUCAAUACAAGCCCCUCAAUAUGUAUGCAAGAGAUUGAAUAGGACAAUUAAAGCUAAAUGUUUUCUAAUCAUGUUGGGAAGGACUGCCCCUCCCCCAGUUAACCUAGUUAAAAAACACAUUUUUAAAGGAGAUCCUUGUUAGAUUAAAUCAAAUGAAUAUCUACUCUAGCAUUAUUUUCCAAAUGUUGCUAAGCAAAUUACAAAGUGAAACCUAAAACCAUGACAUUAGUUUUGGCUCAUGUUCUCCAACAUCUGUGGAGCCAAGAUAUGUUUUUGUACAGGUUGAGCAUCCCUUAUCCGAAAUGUUUGGAACAGAAGUGUUUUGAAUUUUAGAUCCUCCUGAGUUAUGGAAUUUCUGAGGAAGUAACUUAGAAAUGUGACCUGUGUCUAAAUGUGCAAUGAACAGAUGUUUCUUAUACAUCUUAUACACAUAGCCUGAAAGUAAUUUUACAUAAUAUUUAUAGUUUGUGCAUGAGACAAAGUUUGUGUAUGCUGAAUCAAAAGAAAGCAAAUGUGUUAAUUUCUCAGCCACCUCUGUGGACAAUUUGGGAUUUUGGAGUAUUUCGCAUUUCCGGAUAAGGGAUGCUCAACCUGUAUACCUAUUUUGAGUUACUUUGUGAAUAAUAUCCUACGAAGACACUAUUCUGUUUAUUAGUAGUUUUGUCUUCAUUCAAAUAAUACUUAAAGACUUUGAACUGCCUGAAAUACCUUCCUAUUUAUGUCAUAUGGUAACGUAAUGAAAUAUACAGAUAGAAUUAGAAGAUGUGCAUCAAUUUCAAGUGAAGUUUGAAACCUGACCCAGAUUCCUUCAGACUGCUUGUGAUAAUUUCUGAGGUAAAGCGAGCUUUCCUUGACAGUUCUCAGAACUAAGAAUGCCAAUUGAAGCUCAGAAAGAGUUCAGGAUUUUGGAAGUAUGUCAGGGGAAUGGGCUGACAUCUUUUUGAUCUGUUUAUAUGAACAGAUCCAUGGGAAGGAAUGGAGUGUGAUUGAUUGAUUGAUUGGUUGAUAAACUUUCUGUUCGUAGUACAGGUUUUUUUACGAGAGGCUUUGAAAUAAUUUUGAAGAAAGAUUGCAAUUUUGAUAAAAUUCAUGAUUCCAGCUUUCUUCUUUAUGAGAUAGAGAGGUUGGAGACUAGUAUUAAUACUAGCUAUUAAUUUUUACAAAACUCCCAUUACUUUGCAGAACAAUAAUGAACCAUGACAGAUGGAUAGGAAUGCAACCAUAGAUGAGAUGUGGGGCAGCAAGAAAGGGGCCAUGAAAAGGCCAUUUUUCCAUCAGCAUUAACUUUACUACCUGAAAGAGGGGUGAGCAAAAUAUAGCCCCAGGGCUUCCUGCAACCCUCGACUCUUCCAGAUCUGCACAAAAAUAUAUAUUUGUACCCCUCCCCCCUCCCCCCCCCCCCCAAAAAAAAAAAUCCCAGACAUCUUUAAAUGACUACACAUUUCAUCUGGAUCUGAACUAAAGUAAAAUUUAGAUCUGAAAAAGUGAAAGAUUAGUGGCAUUCUUGUUUGCAAAAACCAGAGUUAAUAGCAUGUACAACACAAUCCAUUGUACUUAUUUAUCUGUAAUUUGGUUUGUAUAUUUUUUUUUCUUAAGGUGCUACAAUGAUGGCAGGUUUAUCUCAAUUCUGACAGUGAAACAUUUUUAAUAGAACUUUUUAAAACUUUUUAUCUUUUUCUACUUAGCUGCAAACAUUGACUGGAAAUAAAAAGGUUCUGACUUUACUCCUUUUUGAGAAGGUAGGUAACCUCUGAGAUUUUGUAUAAGCAAUUGUAAAUAGAACAUGUCAGAACUGUAUAGAACAGUGGUUCUCAAAUUUUAGUCUUCCAGCAGUUUUGGAUUCCAGCUCCCAAAAGCCCCUGCAAGCUUGGCUAACAGUCAGGAAUUCUGGAAGCUGAAGUGAAAAUUAUCUGGUGGACUGAAGUUUGGGAGUUACUUUUCCUCUGCCAUUAAGCCAUGCUGCUAAGCUCAGGACCUUGCAUGUAGCAGAUUGGUACUAAAAGGUAUCCAGUAAAAUAGGAAAGAAAAUGUUAUAACAAUGUGUUCCUUGAUCAGUUGUCUCUGUUGCAUAUUGUUCUCUUGUUCUUUUCAUAUGUCUUAUGUACCUGGAUACCACCUACUUGCCAAUUGCCAUAUAUAUUGGAAAGAAAUUGUAGUAGUUCUUUCCUUUUUCAUUUUAUGUCACCUUCAGUUGGGGCAGUGUGUCUAGCUAGCUGCUAUCAAAUGACAAGAUAUGCACUUUAUUGGAGACUCGACAACUUUGUGAUAAAUUCAUCAUUUGCAGACUUGGGGCUCCUUUUUACUUUGCCAUCAGUAUUAAGACUUCUGUUGGACUUGCAGUGUGCUUACCAAGAAAGUGCUGUACUUUUGAGGAAAUAAGUAAUAUAACAGUUAAACCUCUUUUUACAGUAACUUUCAGAAAGUCGCAAUACCCCUUUAGCUUUACAGUCAGCUCAUAUUUUCUUGCAGAAGUAAGAAUGCAAGGAAUUUCUUUGGUGCCCUUAUCUGUUAACCUUAGCUGUGAAUUACUCCACCCAUUCCUUACUGUAGAAAGGUACAAUAUGUCUGCUGAUGUUAUUGUUGCUGAGGUGAAUGGUGCAAGAACAGAUGUGAAAGUCUGACAUCUCUCUAAAAUAUUGUUACACCCAAUUUAUUCAGUAAUGGGCAUCGGCAGCAUUACUUGGAAAAUCAUUUAACAGUUAUCCAUAUAAAGUCUUAAAUUUUCCUUUUUACUUUCCAAAUCCAGAAUUGUGUAAGUAUGACAGCCUAACCCAAUUUGUCUUUUGCUAGUCAAGUUUGCUUAUUGGCCUUUAUUUUGCAUGUUUUCCUUCAAAGGUCCAUGUUUUUUUUUUUUAAGAAAGCUGUAUUUCAGCAAUAAGUAGCAAAAUAGAAGUGAGAUUUACAGGUGUAGUAGCAACAGGUGACUCAUCACAGCACUGUAUUCCUAUAUCGCAUGAAAUCCCUUUGACUCAGCACUCAUUUCAGAUAUUGUACCAGAUAUAAUUUUAUCAUUUUACCAAUUCUUUAAAAGAUUUUACUGAACCAAUGCAUCUCAGAUCCAGUACAAUGAGAGGUAUAUUGAGUUGAUGUUAUCAGAUAUUGAUAACAUAUUUUCAAGCUUUAUUUCUGUUACCACAAAGGAAGAAGCUGGAAUUAGAAACAGAAAGCUACUGUAAAGGGAGUUUACAGCUUUUUUGUCAACUUUGGCUAAUAACAGUUUUCAGAGUCAUACAGUCAUAUAAUUGUUUUGGAGAAUGCCAUAUUUCUACACCAUAUUCCACUGAGGAACUUAUCCAGUAAUCCCAGUUCAUAUCCCUUUCACUUGUUUCAUAUCAUCUUUGAAUAACAUCCUCCCAGAAUAUGAGAUGAGUGAAUAAUUUCCCUAUCCUACUUUUUAAUUUUUACUGAUUUGCUUAUUUAUUUCUGCUAAAAAUGGCAGAAAUGCUUAUGCCUAAGAUGUUGAGGUAGGGAAAAUGGUCUUUGAAUUUGUUUGUACUGUGAAUGUGCUCUGCACCAGUGUUUUCUUAAAAUAUAAACUUCUGUUUUUAAUAUGUUAAGGGACCCAGUCAAUAUGAGGUCUGUAAGAAUGCCCAACUUUUUUUUUUUUUUGCAGAAUUGCACAUUGAAGUACAAACACUUUGCAUGACUAAACACAGAUCAAAAUUGAUCUUCCCCUUUUUGUGGUCAUUGGUCCACCCUAGUUUUCACGAUUGUUUUUAAAUUAUCAUGAUUUUACAUUUCCAAAUAAUUUUGCACUAUUGCAUGUGUUUUCUAAGACUAAAUUAGCAAGGCUUCUAAUAGAAGUGGAGAACUUGGGUAUUACACUUGACCUCAGAAAUGAGCUACGUAUGAGCUACAUCUCAAGAUUAUCUUGUCAUCUUGUACUCUUUUUCUCCUAUUUUAAAAGUUUUUAAAAAAAUAUGUACUGGAUUUUUAUACAGUGUGUUGAAAGUCAAAAGUUUGUUGGUGCAGUUACAUAAGUAUUGGAAAGAAGUAUGUCUGUACAGGAAGCUUGCCAUUUAUUUUCAGACACUGGUGAAAAGGUGAAAUAAAAUAUAAAAUAUGUGUUGGGGCAGAUUUAGUACAAAAAUUAACAGAUUGUACAAAAUUAAUCUUCUUGGCCUGGAAUUUUUCUUGUCUCUUGUUGUUUCUUCCACUGCAAUGCAGGUUACUAUUUAAAUUAACAGUACAGUAGUCUUUUGACAUUAUGGAUUGAUAAUUAAGUGGACUAAGCCCAAGUAAUGUUGCAUGUGAUCUCAUAUGGUAUGUAUGUGAAUUUUACUAAGGUUUAGAUUCUGAUUCCUGGAUUCAUUUAGGUAUGUAAAUCAGUUUUUCCCUUCUCUAGAAAAUGAAUCCUUGUAACUUUACUAAGAAAAACAAUGAAGUAAAUAUUCUCCCUUUUAAAUUAAAAAAAAUCAUGAAACUCUGAAUUCAAUUUGGAGACGUAUAAUUAAUUAUAUUGCCUGAACAAACAUUCUAUCUUCCCAUCAUUUGUACUAACCAGUCAUUUUUUUCUUUAAUAUCACUAGUAUAAUCAUGUUCUAGGUUUUCAUUUUCUCUGCAAACAACAGUGUAUUCCCAUUUGACAUCAUCAUAAUAACACUAGGGUCUUCAGGAAGUGCUUGAAAUAUUAGUUCACACUUCCCACUAUUGACAAACCCAUAAAACAGCAAUAGAAUUUCUUCAGCUUUUACUGCUUAUGAAACAGUGCUAUCUUUCUUUACAGCUAGUCCCUCCAGUUUCUGCAAACACCUCUCAAAAUAUUCUGACUUUAAAGUACUGUAUUUUGUUCCUGGUGUAUGUUUCAAGGUACGCAUAUCCUUCAAAAGAACGUUUACAUACUUAUCCAAUCCUAAAACACUAAGUAGCACCUACCAGCAUUAACUUUUUAAAUGCAAUGUAUGGAAUGACCCUAGAUAUUAAUUGUCUUAAUAAAUAUUGUUCUUGAGUCAAGAUGUUUUUCAGAGGUUCUGUUGAACUACAGCAGUAGUAGGAUUCUGAAACCAUGAGUAGAAAGAAGUUCAGAGACCAAGUUUUUCCUGUACUCUUCCCCUUCUAAAAGUCUGUUUCUGAAGAUUAGUGGAAUGUUAUGGGAUGCAAGGCAGAAUGCUGCUUGGAGGAGGUCCUUAUAUGACUUGAGCUCUUCUUGUUCAUGGUGCUUUUCCUCUGUCUGGGGCGCUCCACCUUUCUGCCAGCAAGCAUGUCCCUUGCAGCCUCUGUUGUCCAGAAGAAUCUCAACUUAUGAGGGGAAGGAUGGGAUAUGGACAUUUCCUUCCCAGAGUUCCACUCUUAACAGGUUAUAACCGAGAAUUGACUCUACAUUAGGAUAGUAUUUUGUGUGAGAGAAUGAAAUUUAAUCUUUGACAACAUUACUUUGUGUUUAUGAACAAUUGAAUUUUAUAAUGAAAGUUUUUAACUAUAAUUUCAAAGGGCAUUGAAAAUAUUGUUAGAAGUUUUUUAGAUUGGCAGAGUACAUACUUGGUAAAGUACGUGAUUUCUGCUAUGUUCAUUAAAAACAGUACUUUUGUGUAUAAAAUGAAAUGUAUAGCUGUCAUUGUGAAUGAGAUUGUCAGUUUUUAAAAAGGCUGUCUUCCUGAGUGUUUGCCAUAAAGGGUUUGCCAUGAGAAGGCUUUUUUCAUACUUAAUUGUUUCCUGUUAAUCUUGCCAUAAAGUUUAUAAUCUGGGGCUAGACCUGAUUGACAGUUUAAGACUAGAUUACAUAGAUACCAUAAAAUCUUUACAUACACAUGCCUUAAAAUCUUUUGGAAUAGUUUGACAACCAGCCUAAUGUGUGACAGCCAGUCAUAAGGACAGCUAGAGUUAAAUUCGCUACCAGUUGGACUUUGUAGUGUUGUCUUCACCCCCUCUGCAUCUCUAAACCUUAGUUUGCAGUGUAAAAGCAACGUAAAGAUGAUAAAUGGUCCUUUGUCACAAAAUUUUACCUGCUUCUUUUUAUCCAUUCCUGCAAAGACUUAUUGAAAUCUUCUCCCAUGUAACUUUUGUUUGCGGAAAGCAUCAUGUUUGCCUCAGAAUAAGUGACAUGUCUAACUUUCACAUAUGGCCUGAACAUAUGGUACUAUUAAAAACCCAAAAUGUUUAAAUUCCUAUUUGUGUUAAAAACUAGAGAUUACUAUUUGAAUUUUGCUUUUAUUGGUGCAUUGAAGUUUGGAGUACUGUGUGUAAAAUGAAUGGGUUUGAAAACGGAGAGGGUCCUUCACUCAGGAAUUUCUGUACUUCGCGUUUUACUUGGCAAUGGAUGCCAACAACCUGAAUGCCCUGUUAAUUUUCAAUGCAAUACACAAACUCUGUAUUAAAAAUAAUAUAUGGUACUAAUUCUGUAUUUCCCCUGAUGAUUGCCAAACCCUGAAUGCAAGCUGUCUUGUUACUAAGACAUUGAUUGCUACUGAAUGUAUAGGAAAUGCUUCCAUUUUUGUAAAAGAAAAUAGUGUUUGUAUGAUGUACCAAUAUGGCAUGUCUCCGCCAGCAAGUAUGGUGCCUUGUUUUUUUAGUUUUUAGACAUGACAUUUCAUUCCAUUGUAGUCUCACCUAUGUCUUCAGAACCACUGUGAGAUUAGAGAAAAUAAUGUUUCAGAAUUUGCAGUACAACUGAUCUAAAGUCUUAGCAUGAAAAUGGACAGUAUAAUCCUAUAAUCACCAGUGUGCCACAAAUGCAUUUCUUAAAUGCCUAACUAUACAUUUCUAUAAAAAGCCAAAACUGUGUUUGUAUGUUACUUUUGUCAUUACAUUGUAAAAUACUGUAAAGCUGUUGUUGUAUGUCCUAAUUUUGCAUUUUAAAAUGUUUCCUAUGUAAAGGCAUCAAUAUACAACUUUGUAUAAAAGUAGCUUUCUAGAGUUUUAUUUUAUUAAAAAAAUCUAAAGAGUUGCCAAAAUAUUCCUGAACAGUUUGCAAACUGUUUUAAACCCCCACCUUCCCCACAAUUGUUCUUUUCAAACAUUCCAGCCUUCCCUUUAAGAGAGUAACAUUUAUUCUACAGCUAAUAUAUUUUCUUUUUCAUCCUCCAUAUGCUACCACUUAAUUUUGGCUUGCUUUUACAUUGAGCUUACCCAAUGUCCAUUUUAAAAUGUAUUCUGUAUUAUUGACAACCUUGUCCCCUCACCAGUGCCAGCUCCAUAAGAACUGUAGCAUGGCAAUAAAAUAUCUGAUUUUUACUAUGUAA